AUGCCGACAAAUAAAGUGGAAGAUGAUAAUGAGGGUAGCAUAUACGUCGUUAGCAACCUGUACAGUGAACAAGAGUUGAAAAAAGUUGCCCAGGAUUACAUAAGCGAAAAAAUAAGGGACCAGAAUUUCUCAGAAAAUAUCAAAUACUCUAACAUUCGAAUUUUCCUAAGUUUGCUGCUCAUAUCGAUUGGGUCCUACUGCACCAUCUUCGUGCAGUACAAAAAGGAACCAAUGCUUAUGAUCAACCUGUUGAUCGCCUUCUUCAUCGUUUCGGGAACACUCUUCUUCUGGGAGUACUUGUUUUUCGAAGACAUCUUCUUGAUUUUGAGGACAAACAAUGGCGGAGUUGUGAAGCUGUUCUUCGAGCUGGACAUCCAAAAGAGCGCCCUCCGAUUAACCUACAAGAUGAAUAAACAAAAACACAGCACAUUGUUUGAGCUUCGCAAAUUGUUCAAGGAAGAUGGCUACCUCGUCCAGAGUUACGCAGACGCUAUGUUGAAGCAGUUCAUUUCAGAUCACGGCAAGAUUUUCAAGCUUUGCGAUAAUAAGAAGGCCUAA